AUGAACGUCCACAAACUGGCCUCGCUUCAAAAUCUUCCACCACUUUCCCCCAAGAAGACCCAGAGCCUCUUGUACCCCUUCAGCUACGUGGAGCCUUACCUGGACCGGUCAGUGGACCGGUCGGCCUUCAACCUCUUCCAUCCCAGUGUGGAGGACAUGCUCAAAGCAGAGAAGAUGUUCCUCCCCUCACCCCCCCACCACGUCAGCUACUACACGUCAGCAGAGAGGAUGGACCAUGCUCCUGAUAUCACACAGCCAGAGGUGUGCUUCAUCGGCAGGAGUAAUGUGGGGAAGUCGUCCCUCAUCAAAGCUCUGUUUUCCCUGACUCCAGAGGUCCAGGUUCGAGUCUCCAAAACUCCAGGUCAAACAAAGAAGAUGAACUUCUUCCGAGUGGGCCGGUCCUUCACUGUGGUGGACAUGCCGGGAUAUGGCCACAAUGCUCCCAAGGACUUUGUGGACAUGGUCGAGCCGUACCUCUUCAGCAGAACCAAUUUGGUGAGGACGUUCUUGUUGGUGGACGGCAGUGUGGGCUUCCAGGCAGCAGACUCCAUUGCUCUGGAGAUGUGUGAGGAAACCAGGCGGCCGUACGUGAUGGUGGUGACUAAAAUAGACAAAGGCCGGUGUGGAACCCUGCUGCAGAACCUCCUGUCCCUGCAGGCGCUGAUCCAGAGCCAGACCUCCAGUUGCUUCCCUCAGCCCCUCAUGGUCAGCUCUUUGAACUUCUGGGGGGUGUACCUGCUGCGCUGCUUCGUGGCCCACAUCACAGGGAGACUGCAGCUCGCAAACACGUGA